AUGGACAGUCGAUCCCACGACAUCGAUACCGCCGCUCAGGGAACAUGCCAGUGGCUGCUUCAACACCAAACGUACACGACCUGGGCCUCUUGUGAUCGGGGUGUGCUCUGGAUCAAAGGGAAGCCCGGCUCUGGGAAGUCGACGUUGCUGCGACACGUUCUAAAUAAUGUCAUGGCAAUACCCAACAUCAGAGAGAGUGACUUGAUCCUCUCGUUCUUCUUCCACGGCCGCGGCACUGAACUCCAAAAGACACCGUUGGGCCUCUUCCAGUCGCUCCUUCACCAGCUCCUUAAGAAGGUCCCUGACACACUAUCAGACCUCAUGUCCACUUUCCAACAACGGUGCAAAACUGUUGGCAAGCCGGGCGAAAAGUGGCAGUGGCAUUCGCGCGAGCUGCAGCGCUUCUUCGAGUCAGCGCUUCUGAACACCUUGAAGACUCGCCCACUCUGGUUAUUCGUUGACGCGUUAGACGAAUGUGGCCAAAAGAAUGCGGUCAGGCUGGUCCGGGAGUUUAAGUCCCUGCUCCAGGGGCUCCCGUCUACCGGUUCACAGUUUCACAUCUGCUUCACUUGUCGUCACUACCCGAUUCUAGACCAGACUUGUCAGUUCGAAAUAUGCCUCGAGGAUGAGAACGGACGGGAUAUUUCGACCUACGUGCGAGCGCGGCUUUCUGUAUCUCGUGAGCUAACGGCAUCUACGAUUCCGGAUUUAAUCACAAAACAUGCCCAGGGCGUUUUCAUAUGGGCGUACCUCGUGGUGGACCAAAUCCUGGACCUUGACAAUGGAGGAGCAGGACUGAAGAAGAUUGAAAACGAGAUCUAUUCUAUCCCUCCGGAUCUAGAUGACCUCUACCACGACCUCAUCCGAAACGUGGACGAGAGAGCAGCUUCUCUCAAACUGAUUCAAUGGAUCUGCUUUGCCACGCGGCCCCUGUCACUAGACGAAUUGCGAUGGGCCAUGAUCGUCGAUGCCGACUGCCAAUUCAAGUCAUUACAGAAGUGCCAGAGCACAAAAGAUUAUAUAUCGGACAGUGACAGAAUGAAGAGGCGAGUUCAGACGCUCAGCCGCGGUCUUGCCGAGGUCACAUCAGAUGCGAAGGUUAUACAGUUCAUCCACCAGUCCGUCAAGGACUUUUUCGUCGAGAAGGGCUUAUCGGCUCUAGACGAGUCCGCCAACCCCGACCCCGUAGUCGGAAUCGCACACCAUCGGCUAUCCAGGACCUGCAUACGCUACUUGGCGAUGGAGGAGAUCGGUCGGCCAGCAAGUCACGAGCCUUGCCGCUUGAAAUCUAGUUUUCCUUUCCUGCAUUACGCCACGACCUCGUGGGUGGCGCAUACAAAGCAAAGUGAUGCUAGAAUUGUCCCCCAAGAGGAUCUUCUGGAAUAUUUCGCAGGGCCAUCAAAUACUCUUAUAGAACAAUGGGUGCGUAUUUACAGGAUAUUAGAGAAGUAUUCUUGUGACUGUCCGCCAGAAGGGACCAGUCUGGUACACGUCUUAUCGAGAUAUGGAGUGACGGGGUUAUUACGGGCUAUUUUGCAGAGGACAGAGCGAGCUGGCAUUGAUAUCGACUGCAAAAAUACCGAUGGCCAGACGCCGCUGUCGCAGGCUGCCUUGGGCGGGCACGAGACUGUCGUGCGGCUGCUCAUCAACCAUAGCGCCGCCGUCAAGGAGCCAGACAAGGAGGGCCGGACGGCGCUAUGGUGGGCCACUUGGGGAGGAUCGGAGGCCGUCGUGCGGCUGCUCAUCGGCCAGGGCGCCGACGUCAAGGAGUCGGACAAAGAGGGACGGACGCCGGUGUCGCGGGCCGCCGGGGGAGGGCAUAAGGCCAUUGUGCAGCUGCUCGUCGACGAGGGCGCCGACGUCAAGGAGCCAGACAAGGACAGACGGACGCCAGUGUCGUGGGCCGCUGGGGCGGGGCAUGAAGCAAUCGUACAGCUGCUCAUCAGCCGGGGUGCUGAUAUUGACGCGGCAGACAACGGAGGCCAGCGGCCACUAUGGUGGGCCGCUAUGGCAGGGCAUAAAGCAAUCGUGCAGCUGCUUAUCAACCGGGGCGCCGAUAUUGACGCGCUGGAUAGUGGGGGUCGGACGAUGCUGUGGCAGGCGGCCGACAAAGGAAAUGAAGCUAUUGUGCAGCGGCUUAUCGACUAUGGCGCCGCCGUUGAUACGCAAGAUAAUGAGGGGCGGACGCCGCUUUCGCAGGCUGCUGGGGCCGGGAAUAAGGCAGUCGCACGGCUGCUUCUAGGGAAGGGCGCCGCCAUCGAUGCACUGGAUAACGAAGGACGGACGCCGCUUUCGCAGGCUGCUGGGGCUGGGAAUAAGGCAGUCGCACGGCUGCUCCUCGGCGGGGGCGCCCACACCGAGGCGGCGGACAAGCGGGGCCGGACGCCGCUGUCAUGGGCCGCCGAGAACGGGCAUGAGGCCGUCGUGCGGCUGCUCCUGGAGAAGGGCGCCGCUGUUGAUACGCAAGAUAAUGAGGGACGGACGCCGGUUUUGCAGGCCGUCUGGGCCGGGAAUGAGGCCGUCGUGCGGCUACUCCUAGAGAAGGGCGCUGCCAUCGAUGCACCAGACAACGAAGGACGGACGCCGGUUUUGCAGGCCGCAUGGAGAGGGCAUGAGGCCGUCGUGCGGCUACUCCUAGACAAGGGCGCCGCCAUCGAUGCACCAGACAACGAAGGACGGACGCCGGUUUUGCAGGCCGCCUGGGCCGGGAAUGAGGCCGUCGUGCGGCUACUCCUAGAGAAGGGCGCUGCCAUCGAUGCACCAGACAACGAAGGACGGACGCCUGUUUUGCAAGCCGCAUGGAGAGGGCAUGAGGCAGUCGUACAGCUGCUCCUGGAGAAGGGCGCCGCCAUCAACGCACCAGACAAGGAAGGACGGACGCCGCUUUUGCAGGCCGCAUUGAGAGGGCAUGAGGCCGUCGUGCGGCUACUCCUAGAGAAGGGCGCCGCCAUCGAUGCACCAGACAAUGAAGGACGGACGCCGCUUUCGCAAGCCGCUGGGGCCGGGCAUGAGGCAGUCGCACGGCUGCUUCUAGACAAGGGCGCUGCCAUCGAUGCACCAGACAACGAAGGACGGACGCCUGUUUUGCAAGCCGCAUGGAGAGGGCAUGAGGCAACCGUACAGCUGCUCAUCAGCCGGGGUGCUGAUAUUGACGCGCUGGAUAGUGGGGGUCAGACGAUGCUGUGGCAGGCGGCCGACAAAGGAAAUGAAGCUAUUGUGCAGCGGCUUAUCGACUAUGGCGCCGCUGUUGAUACGCAAGAUAAUGAGGGACGGACGCCGGUUUUGCAGGCCGCCUGGGCCGGGAAUGAGGCCGUCGUGCGGCUGCUCCUCGGCGGGGACGCCCACACCGAGGCGGCGGACAAGCGGGGCCGGACGCCGCUGUCAUGGGCCGCCGAGAACGGGCAUGAGGCCGUCGUGCGGCUGCUCCUGGAGAAGGGCGCCGCUGUUGAUACGCAAGAUAAUGAGGGACGGACGCCGGUUUUGCAGGCCGCCUGGGCCGGGAAUGAGGCCGUCGUGCGGCUACUCCUAGAGAAGGGCGCUGCCAUCGAUGCACCAGACAACGAAGGACGGACGCCUGUUUUGCAAGCCGCAUGGAGAGGGCACGAGGCAGUCAUACAGCUGCUCCUAGACAAGGGCGCUGCCAUCGAUGCACCAGAUAACGAAGGACGGACGCCGGUUUUGCAAGCUGCAUGGAGAGGGCAUGAGGCAGUCGCACGGCUACUCCUAGACAAGGGCGCUGCCGUCGAUGUACCGGAUAAGGAAGGACGGACGCCGGUUUUACAAGCCGCUGGGGCCGGGCAUGAGGCUGUCGUGUGGCUGCUUCUGGAGAAGGGCGCCGCUAUUGAUGCACUGGAUAACGAAGGGCGGACGCCGCUUUCGCAAGCUGCUGGGGCCGGGAAUGAGGCUGUUGUGCGGCUGCUCCUAGACAAGGGCGCCGCCAUCGAUGCACCAGACAACGAAGGACGGACGCCGGUUUUGCAGGCUGCUUGGGCCGGGAAUGAGUCUGUCGUGUGGCUACUCCUAGAGAAGGGCGCUGCCAUCGAUGCACCAGACAACGAAGGACGGACGCCUAUUUUGCAAGCCGCAUGGAGAGGGCAUGAGGCAGUCGUACAGCUGCUCCUAGAGAAGGGCGCCGCCAUCAACGCACCAGACAAGGAAGGACGGACGCCGCUUUUGCAGGCCGCAUUGAGAGGGCAUGAGGCCGUCGUGCGGCUACUCCUAGAGAAGGGCGCCGCCAUCGAUGCACCAGACAAUGAAGGACGGACGCCGCUUUCGCAAGCCGCUGGGGCCGGGCAUGAGGCAGUCGCACGGCUGCUUCUAGACAAGGGCGCUGCCAUCGAUGCACCAGACAACGAAGGACGGACGCCUGUUUUGCAAGCCGCAUGGAGAGGGCAUGAGGCAACCGUACAGCUGCUCAUCAGCCGGGGUGCUGAUAUUGACGCGCUGGAUAGUGGGGGUCAGACGAUGCUGUGGCAGGCGGCCGACAAAGGAAAUGAAGCUAUUGUGCAGCGGCUUAUCGACUAUGGCGCCGCUGUUGAUACGCAAGAUAAUGAGGGACGGACGCCGGUUUUGCAGGCCGCCUGGGCCGGGAAUGAGGCCGUCGUGCGGCUGCUCCUCGGCGGGGACGCCCACACCGAGGCGGCGGACAAGCGGGGCCGGACGCCGCUGUCAUGGGCCGCCGAGAACGGGCAUGAGGCCGUCGUGCGGCUGCUCCUGGAGAAGGGCGCCGCUGUUGAUACGCAAGAUAAUGAGGGACGGACGCCGGUUUUGCAGGCCGCCUGGGCCGGGAAUGAGGCCGUCGUGCGGCUACUCCUAGAGAAGGGCGCUGCCAUCGAUGCACCAGACAACGAAGGACGGACGCCGGUUUUGCAAGCUGCAUGGAGAGGGCAUGAGGCAGUCGCACGGCUACUCCUAGACAAGGGCGCUGCCGUCGAUGUACCGGAUAAGGAAGGACGGACGCCGGUUUUACAAGCCGCUGGGGCCGGGCAUGAGGCUAUCGUGUGGCUGCUUCUGGAGAAGGGCGCCGCUAUUGAUGCACUGGAUAACGAAGGGCGGACGCCGCUUUCGCAAGCUGCUGGGGCCGGGAAUGAGGCUAUUGUGCGGCUGCUCCUAGACAAGGGCGCUGCCAUCGAUGCACCAGACAACGAAGGACGGACGCCGGUUUUGCAGGCUGCUUGGGCCGGGAAUGAGUCUGUCGUGUGGCUACUCCUAGAGAAGGGCGCUGCCAUCGAUGCACCAGACAACGAAGGACGGACGCCUGUUUUGCAAGCCGCAUGGAGAGGGCAUGAGGCAGUCGUACAGCUGCUCCUAGAGAAGGGCGCCGCCAUCAACGCACCAGACAAGGAAGGACGGACGCCGCUUUUGCAGGCCGCCUGGGCCGGGAAUGAGGCCGUCGUGCGGCUGCUCCUAGAGAAGGGCGCUGCCGUCGAUGCACCAGACAAGGAAGGACGGACCCCGCUUUUGCAAGCCGCAUUGAGAGGGCAUGAGGCAGUCGUACAGCUGCUCCUGGAGAAGGGCGCCGCCAUCAACGCACCAGACAAGGAAGGACGGACGCCGCUUUUGCAGGCCGCAUGGAGAGGGCAUGAGGCAGUCGCACGGCUACUCCUAGAGAAGGGCGCUGCCAUCGAUGCACCAGACAACGAAGGACGGACGCCGCUUUUGCAAGCCGCUGGGGCCGGGCAUGAGGCUAUUGUGCGGCUGCUCGUCAACCAGGGAGCCGACAUUAAGAAGCCAGAUAAUAAGGGACGGACGCCUGUUUUGCAAGCCGCAUGGAGAGGGCAUGAGGCAACCGUACAGCUGCUCAUCAGCCGGGGUGCUGAUAUUGACGCGCUGGAUAGUGGGGGUCAGACGAUGCUGUGGCAGGCGGCCUGCAAAGGGAAUGAGGCAGUCGCACAGCUGCUCCUAGAGAAGGGCGCCGCCAUCAACGCACCAGACAAGGAAGGACGGACGCCGCUUUUGCAGGCCGCAUGGAGAGGGCAUGAGGCAGUCGUACAGCUGCUCCUGGAGAAGGGCGCCGCCAUCAACGCACCAGACAAGGAAGGACGGACGCCGCUUUUGCAGGCCGCAUUGAGAGGGCAUGAGGCAGUCGUACAGCUGCUUCUAGAGAAGGGCGCCGCUAUCAACGCAUCAGACAAGGAAGGACGGACGCCGCUUUUGCAGGCCGCCUGGGCCGGGAAUGAGGCCGUCGUGCGGCUGCUCCUCGGCGGGGACGCCCACACCGAGGCGGCGGACAAGCGGGGCCGGACGCCGCUGUGGUGGGCCGCUGGGGCCGGGAAUGAUGCUGUUGUGCGGCUGCUCCUAGAGAAGGGCGCUGCCGUCGAUGCACCGGAUAAGGAAGGACGGACCCCGCUUUUGCAGGCCGCAUGGAGAGGGCAUGAGGCAGUCGUACAGCUGCUCCUAGAGAAGGGCGCCGCCAUCAACGCACCAGACAAGGAAGGACGGACCCCGCUUUUGCAGGCCGCCUGGGCCGGGAAUGAGGCCGUCGUGCGGCUCCUGCAAGUCCAUGCUGCUCAACCUUCGUCGACUCCGUUGUCUUAA